UGUCAGCGACAGUGGCUUUACGCGGAUGAGAGAGUGAAAUAAUUGACAAUAAACACAUAUCGUAUGCCGCCGAAAAAGCAAAUGCUUUUCGCGUAGUUGUUGCAGCCUUCAUCUUAUCAAUGAUACAGUCACCGUCGGAGGGCGUCGUUUGAAGCUUUGCAGUCGCUGACAGCUGUUUCUCCCCCGGAGAAAUGGAGCAUAUCCGUACACCAAAGGUGGAGCAGGUGCGGCUGUUGGAUCGCUUCAGCAACAAGUCCACAAAUGGCACUUUGUACCUCACAGCCACACAUCUCAUCUUUGUGGAGAGCAGCUCCAACAACUCAACCUCUGCUGGACAGGAAAUCUGGAUUUUGCAUCACCAUAUAGCCUCCGUGGAGAAGCUCUCCCUGACCACCACAGGCUGCCCCCUGGUCAUUCAGUGCCGCAACUUCAGGGUGGUUCAUUUUGUGGUCCAGAGAGAAAGAGACUGCCACGACAUCUACAGCUCGCUGCUACGUCUUCUACGGCCAGUAAACUAUGAGGAGCUCUAUGCAUUCUCCUACAACCCCAAACAAAACGACCAACAGAGAGAGGAAGGAUGGCAGCUCAUCGACCUGGGGGCGGAGUUUGAGAGGAUGGGCAUCCCCUGCGACCAAUGGCAGCUCACUGACGUCAACCGGGACUAUAAGGUGUGUGAGACAUAUCCACGUGACCUCUAUGUUCCCAUCACUGCCAGUAAGCCCAUCAUUGUGGGGAGUUCCAAGUUUAGAAGCAAAGGACGCUUUCCUGUACUCACAUAUUUCUACCAAGAAAAGAAGGCGGCGGUGUGCCGAUGCAGUCAGCCUCUCUCUGGGUUCAGUGCGCGAUGCCUCGAGGACGAGAGCAUGCUGCAGGCCAUCAGCAAGGCCAACCACAACAGCCGAUUCGUUUAUGUCAUGGAUACCAGGCCAAAGUUGAAUGCGCUAGCGAACAGAGCAGCAGGUAAAGGCUACGAGAACGAAGACAACUACUCCAACAUCCGCUUCCAGUUUGUUGGCAUUGAAAACAUCCAUGUAAUGAGGACCAGCCUGCAGAAACUGCUAGAAGUGAUUGGGUCUAGGUCUCUUUCCAUGAGCGACUACCUGGUUGGACUCGAGAGCAGUGGCUGGCUGCGACAUAUCAAGGCUGUAGUAGAUGCAGCUAUCUUUCUCGCUAAGGCGGUGACAGUGGAAGGAACCAGCGUGUUGGUUCACUGUUCAGAUGGAUGGGACAGAACAGCCCAAGUCUGCUCCUUGGGGUCGCUGCUCAUGGACCCCUACUACCGCACUAUCAAGGGCUUCAUGGUACUGAUAGAGAAGGACUGGAUCUCAUUUGGUCACAAGUUUGCAGACAGAUGUGACCAGCUGGACGGGGAUCCAAAGGAGGUGUCCCCCAUCUUUACUCAGUUCCUGGAGUGUGUCUGGCAGCUGACUGAGCAGUUCCCGCAGGCAUUUGAGUUCAGCGAGUGGUUCCUGCUGCAGAUCCACGAACACGUCCACUCCUGUCAAUAUGGAAACUUCCUUGGGAACAACCAGAGGCAGAGGGAGGAGUUGCAACUGAGAGAGCGGACUCACUCACUUUGGGCAUAUCUAAUGAGCGAAAAGCAGAACUACUUGAAUCCGUUCUACAGCCCCGCGUACUGUGAAGCGCAUCCUGUGCUGGAGCCCUCCACUCUGCCCUACAAUUUCAAGUUCUGGAGGAACAUGUACCACCAGUUUGAUCGGUCUAUGCACCCGCGUCAGUCCAUCCUCAAAACUAUUCUGACCCUGAGGGAAAGCAACCGCAAGGCAGAAAGCACACUGCAAGCACUGGAGACCAAGCUCCAGCAGCUCGGUGUGGCCCCCAUUGCGACCUCUGACCCUCCUGCGCCGCCUCCCACGAGAGAUCAGCGCUCCGGCACCCUCCCACCGCGUCCCGACUCCCUGAUCCUGGGCGCACCCAUCAACCGCAAGGAAGUGCAGCGCCGCGUGGAGGAGGAGGAGCAGGAGCAGCAGGAGGAGGAGGAGGAGGAGGAGGUGGGCGAGGAGGCCACGGAGGGCACUGACACCGAGCGGACAGUGGAGGGCAGCAGCGGCACCGAGAGCAGGAAGCAGAGCUACGGCGAGCUGGAAGGGACAUACAAGAAGGAGCUGGCCAAAGAAGAGCCGGCCGUCGUCAGCCUGGAGUUCGGCGUGGCCCGGAUGACCUGCUGAAACCGAGCAAGAGGGAUUGUGGGAUACUGAGGGACAAGCGGUUGAGCGAGAGGGCUUAUAGAAAUCGCGUGCGUGUCAAGAGGAAGCUGCCGUUCUGUAUGUGAUUAUGUGCUGAUUACACAAGGGUCCUGAGUGGGCCGAGUGGAUGAAGUUGUAUGUCUGUAUAGUCUAAAUCUCUAUGGAAAGCCUCAUUAUUAUCUCAUAAACAGCGCCUAUAUGGUAAAAAGCUUGUUUUUUUUUUUUUUAUGAAUGUUGAAAAGCACUAUA